AUGGAAACACAGGAAGUGCCGAAAAUUCUCCGAGCUGUGAAGGCGUUCAAGCGACUGAAGAAUUUAGUGUUGUUCUCGAAAACUGAGAUGGGAAGCGGCAAAGGGUUUUCGGAAACUAUGCAAGGCUGCCUCGGGCCAGUGUCUUCUUUGCAUCAAGUGACUUUCGUUUGUGAGCUUGGACCGGAUCUACGUCACCAGUACGUCGCUUGCGACGUCCAG